UAAUAGAACGGUGAAAAUUUGGUAAAAAAUUCACUUCGUGAUAAACAAAUAAAGCUAUAUUUACUGUUCUUAAUAAAACACGAGUGAUCGUCAAUACGAUAUUCAAAAUAUUGUAUAAAAAAUGAAGCGAUUAAUAGCAUUUGUUUGUGUUAUACUUGCGGUUCCUUCGACAUAUUUAGCAUCAACGAGUAUUAGCGGUUCAGUUGAAUUGGACGAGUAUACUUUUGACAAAGUUAUAAGCAAAUUUGCGGCUAGUGUAGUAAAAUUUGAUGUUGCCUUUCCAUACGGUGACAAGCAUGAUGCUUUCGUGGCGCUAGCUAAAGAAUCAAAGGACAUCGACGAUUUACUUUUCGCGGAAGUUGGAGUUAAAGAUUAUGGUGAUCGAGACAAUGAAGCUCUUGCUCUUAAAUAUGGUGCUUCAAAGGAAAACUUUCCAAAUGUCAAAUUAUUUUUAAAGGGAAAAAGCGAACCGAUUGCCUUCGAUGAUACAAAAGGGUUUACAACUGAGAGUUUGCGCCGUUUUAUUCGCGACAAGAGCGAGAUAUACUUAAGUCUUCCAGGUUGCAUUAAAGAUCUCGACUUACUAGCUAUCAAGUUUAAAGACUCGGAUGUAGAAAAUCGUAAACAUAUUCUUAAAGAGGCUGAGAAUGUUUUGGAAAAGUUGAAAAGUAAGGAUUCCGGAACAGGUAAAAUCUAUAUAACAUUAAUGAAGAAGGUUCUAGAAAAAGGUGAUGAUUUUAUCGGGUCUGAAGUAGCAAGAGUAAAGAAAAUAUUAGAUGAUAAAAUUUCAGAUAAGAAAAGACACGAAUUGAACGUAAGAUUAAAUAUUCUUCAGUCUUUUACAUUUAACAACAAAACUGUAAAAGAAGAAUUGUAAUUAUGUGUUUUCAAUACUUUUUAAUAUUACUAAUAUUAAUGUCAAUGUAUUUUUUCUUUUAAAUUACAUUACAUUUU